CGCCUGUCGUCUUCGCCCAUCAUUUACCCCUCGACAUCAACACCGUGUACAACAGCAACCAGCACCGCUGCGUUGACUGCAUUCGCGACCAGAUUGUUGGCUGUACAAUAGCGGUUAAUUGUACGUUUGGGAUGCCGGCGGAUAUCCGCAAUUUCUUUGGCGGUGGAGGAGCGCGGGCGAGCCAGGGCAGUCAGGGCAGCCAGAAGAAAGAUGAGAAGUCUGCUGCGAAGAAGGCCGCGCCCAAGAAGCCUGCCCGAGCCAGUCGAGUAGUGGAGGAUUCGGACGACGAUGAUGAGGUGGAGGAAGUAAAACCCAAGAAGACCACACCCAAGAAACCUCCACCCAAGAAAGUGAAGAAGGAGCCGUCGCCUGAGCUCGAAGAAACAACCACAUCCGCCUUCUUCGCUAGCAAGAACAAGCCGAAGCGAUCCGAGCCCGUCAAGAAGAAGCCCGUCGACUCGACGCCGAAAGCUACGCCCAAGGCAACACCGGUGAAGGCAAAUGGGAAGAUCUCGAAAACUGCUACGCCGGCGACCAAUGGUAGAGGAUCUACCCGGGCGAAGAAACCUGUUAAGUCAUAUGCAGAGAAGGAUGACGAGGAUGAGUUCCCGGACGACGAUCUCGACGCGGCUGACGAUAUCUUCGGAGACAACUUCAAGAGGAACGGCAGGAAGGACGGUUACGUUGAAGUCGCCGCCAGUGACGACGAUGAUAUGCCAAUAGCCUUACCCCAUCGUGGGACACCUAAGAAACCAGCCAAGAAGCAGAAGACGAUCAAGCAAGACGAUGACUUUGAUCCUGAGAAUGAGGAUGUCGAUAUGAAAGACAUUGAUGCGGACGACGAUUUCAUUGUGCCGGACGACGAAGAGAGCGCAACCAAAAGCCAGCCAAAGAAGACUUCGGCCGCUGGACGGAAACGGAAGACACCCGAGUCUGACGACGACGAGGAAGAAGUCGAGGAGAAGCCCAAGAAGGGUCGUUUCAAGAAGGCAACUCCAGCGAAAUCGCCGGCGAAGACGCCGGCGAAGAAGAAGGCCAAGAAGGAGGACGAUGCUGAAAGCAAGGACAUACAAGCAAUCUACGAUAGCAUUCCCUUGGUCAAAGCGCCCACUCCUCCUCCAAAGGAUGACUCGACAAAAUUCGACUGGAGAAUGAAAGCUGCUGGUGGUGGCAAUGCAGAUGCAGCACCUAUUGGUGGAUCUGGCGAUAUGCCCUCUGGUAGCGAGACCUGCCUUGCUGGUUUGACGUUCGUUUUCACUGGUGUCCUGCAGCGAUGGGGUCGAAACGAAGCUCAGGAACUCGUCAAGCGUCACGGCGGAAAGGUUACAGGAGCCCCAAGCAAGAAAACAGAUUACGUUGUGCUGGGUCAGGAUGCCGGCCCGAGCAAGCUGCGAAAGAUUCAAGACAUGCACAUCAAAACCAUCGAUGAAGAUGGAGUUACAGCACUCAUUGAAAAAUUGACCGCAGCUGGCAACAAGGGCGACUCGAAGGCUCAGGCCGCGUACAAAGAGAAGCAGCGUAAAGAGGAAGAGAAGAUCAGAGAGCAGGCGGCGCAAAUGGAGAAGGAAGACCAGGCCAGGCUGAAGGCUCUUAAGGCUGCGAAGACUGCUGGAGGUAGCAAGACUACCUCUGCCGGUACUUCUGCUGCUAACAAGAGUGCAGAUCCCACUGUUGACUCUCGGCUCUGGACGACGAAGUAUGCUCCCACUUCUCUCAACCAGAUUUGCGGAAACAAGGCAACAGUGGAGAAGCUGCAGCGGUGGUUGCAGAGGUUCCCGAAGAGUCUCAAGACAGGCUUCAAGCUUGCUGGUCCCGAUGGAAGCGGUGUCUUCCGUGCUGUCAUGCUCCAUGGUCCUCCUGGUAUCGGCAAGACUACCGCAGCGCAUCUCGUCGCUAAGCUUGAGGGCUAUGACAUCGUUGAAAGCAACGCCAGUGACACUCGAAGCAAGAAGCUUGUCGAAGAAGGCCUACGAGGCGUCCUCAGCACGACAUCGCUACAUGGCUACUUUGCUGGCGACGGCAAAAAGGUCGAGGCGUCGAAGAGGAAGCUAGUUCUGAUUAUGGACGAGGUGGACGGCAUGUCUGCCGGCGACCGAGGCGGUGUUGGAGCUCUUGCCGCAGUCUGCAAGAAGACAGAGAUCCCCAUGAUCUUGAUCUGUAACGACAGGCGGCUACCGAAGAUGAAGCCGUUUGAUUAUGUUACCUUCGAUUUGCCUUUCCGAAGGCCGACCGUGGACCAAAUUCGCUCUCGUAUCAUGACCAUCGCUUUCCGAGAAGGAUUGAAGCUCCCUGGGCCAGUUGUCAACGCUCUAAUUGAGGGCAGCCACGCGGAUAUUCGUCAAGUAGUUAACAUGAUCUCCACAGCCAAGCUAGACCAGGAAGCCAUGGAUUUCGACAAGGGCAAGCAGAUGUCUAAGAACUGGCAAAAGCACGUCAUUCUGAAACCUUGGGAUAUCACGUCGAAGAUCCUUGGUGGCGGCAUGUUCGCAGCUAGCAGCAAAGCGACGCUAAACGAGAAGAUUGAGCUUUACUUCAACGACCACGAGUUCAGCCCUCUCAUGCUUCAGGAGAACUACCUUGGCACGAUGCCAAUCGGCGCCCUGCAAUAUGGCGGCAAGGAGAAGAAUAUGAAGAUGCUGGAGCUGGCGUCUGAGGCUGCCGAUAGCAUCAGCGACGGCGACCUUGUCGACCGAAUGAUUCACGGCUCUCAGCAACACUGGAGCUUGAUGCCGACGCAUGCAGUCUUCAGCUUCGUUCGGCCGGCAAGCUUUGUCGCUGGUAGCAUGGCUGGCCACCAGACGCGCUUCACGAGUUGGCUCGGCAAGAACAGCAAUCAAGGCAAACUCACACGCAUGGUGAAGGAGAUUCAGGCACAUAUGCGAUUACGCUCCUCUGGCGAUAGGCAUGAGGUUCGACAACAAUACAUCCCUGUUCUCUGGACCGAACUGGUCAAGCGGCUGGAGGAGCAAGGAAAGGAGGCUGUUCCGGAGAUCAUAGAGCUUAUGGACAGCUACUUCUUGACAAAGGAUGAUUUCGAUGCGAUCAUGGAGCUGGGCGUGGGUCCGAUGGCGCAGGAAAAGAUCAACAUUGCUUCGGCGUCGAAGUCGACAUUUACCAGGCUAUACAAUCAACAGUCCCACCCGCUUCCCUUCAUGAAAGCGUCCAGCGUUGUGCAACCAAAAAAAGCCGUCAAGGAGAAGCCCGAUCUCGAAGAAGCGCUCGAAGAGUCUGACGAGGAGGAGGUCGUGAACGAGAUCAAGGAGGACGAUGAGGAGACAGAUCUCUCUAAGGAUAAGUACGUUAAGCAGCCAAAGAAAAAAGCCGCGAAGAAGAAUGGUCAGCCAGCAAAGCCGAAGGGCAAGAAGAGACCCGCGGAGGAUGACGACGAGGAUGAGAGCGAAGAGGAGGUGAAGCCCAAGGGAAAGGGCAAGGGUAAGGCUCCUGUGGGUAAGGGGAAGAAGAAGUGAACCGGGUAACAGUGCAUUGACGGCGUAUGUUUUGUGUGUAUACAUUUGGCGGGGAUUUCAUGGUGGCUUUCCGAGCAUCUCUUGGAGUUCUAGCGUGGAAGACUCAUUGGAAUAUGAGACUAUCCUGGGGAGAAAGUGCGUUUGUAGCUGGAUAGCGUAUCUAUUUGCAAUCGACAUGCAUUGAAGCUGUAGGCGGAGCGCCAGAUAGGUGUAGCGUCGGGAAUAAGCUCC